AUGUCGACUGUCACUACACAAGCCUCAGCCUCCAUUUUCCGACCAUGUACUUCGAAACCAAGAUUCCUCACCGGUUCUUCUGGUAGAUUGAACCGCGAAUUGUCGCUUAACUCUAUUGGCUCAUCCUCUAAAAUGGUCUCGUUCAAGGUUGAAGCUAAGAAAGGAGAAUGGUUGCCCGGUUUGUCAUCCCCUGGUUAUCUCAACGGCAGUCUUGCCGGUGACAAUGGGUUUGACCCAUUGGGACUAGCAGAGGAUCCAGAGAAUUUGAGAUGGUUCGUCCAGGCAGAGCUUGUCAAUGGACGGUGGGCAAUGCUCGGCGUCGCAGGGAUGCUUUUGCCGGAAGUUUUCACCAAGAUCGGAAUCAUAAACGUACCGGAAUGGUACGAUGCCGGGAAAGAGCAGUAUUUUGCAUCAUCAUCGACAUUGUUCGUGAUCGAAUUCAUAUUGUUUCAUUACGUUGAGAUCAGAAGGUGGCAAGACAUCAAGAACCCAGGAAGUGUGAACCAAGACCCUAUCUUCAAGCAAUACAGCUUGCCUCCAAAUGAAGUUGGUUACCCCGGAGGAAUCUUUAACCCUCUUAACUUUGCUCCCACCCUCGAGGCCAAGGAGAAAGAGCUCGCAAACGGGAGGUUAGCGAUGUUGGCAUUCUUAGGGUUCGUGAUUCAACACAAUGUAACUGGAAAGGGACCAUUUGAGAAUUUGUUGCAGCACUUGUCUGACCCAUGGCACAACACUAUUGUACAAACCUUCAGCUCAUGA